AGAAGCUUCGCGGUCUUUCCAAUUUGAUAUGAUAUUUAGUACCUCUACAAUUUUCUCGAAUUUGCUGUCAAAUUGGAGCACAGCAUCAUGUCUCUCAUUUUCUUUUUAAUAAUAAUAAUAAUAAUUUCUUUUAGCGAAUGCUUUGAAGAACGCAAUUACUUCCUUCAUUAUACCUACAGUAUUUCUUACUGCUUGGACACUGCUGCUUUUUGAAAUCUAAAGAUUAAAGGCAUGAUUUGCACAUGGCCUUUUCAGAGCAUUUGGCAAAC